ACUUCCUGAAAAUCUAAAAUUACAAAUGAGAUGCUUGAAUCGAGCACAGAAUGCAGACCUGUGAAAUGUGCCUCAUCACUUGGUUCAUUGCAGCAAUUCCUUCAGCACAGUCUUCAGUAAAGCCAACUGCCACUUUAACACUGAGCAAUCACCUGCAAACAAUAUACAUUGGAGACAGAGUGGCACUGGUCUGCCACAUCAAGGGCAAUUUUUCAGGUUGGCUCUACCGCUGGUACAAAGGGAGUCUGUACGACUGGGGAAAUCAGAUUGAAAAUGUCACUGGAGACACUUACUUCAUCCCGACCCUGACCCAGUCUGACAGUGGACACUAUAGAUGUUACUCCCACAGAAAUUUCCAUCCUUCCAGCUCAGAAAUCAGCAAUGACGUCAUUCUGAGAGUUCAAGGGAGAAGAGCCAGACUUGAGGUAACCUCAGGAAAUAUAGAUGGCUUAGUAUCUGAAGGAGAUCAAGUCCAGCUUCUCUGCUGGGUUGAAGGAGAUCUUGUGGAGUGGAGAUAUGAGCUGCACAAAAGCAAAGCCAUAAACCCCUAUCUCACACAAAUGGAGCCCACCUUCAUCAUCAGCUCUGUAGUUCAUUCAGACAGUGGCGAGUACAGGUGUCGAGCCAGAAAAGAAGAGAUUUACUCAAAUUUUAGUGAUCCUGUUCAGUUAUACAUAUCUGCUCCCCAGCUUAGUGUUGCUUUGGUCAGUGUCGGAAUUGGUCUUUUCCUUCUUUUUGUUGUCCUACUGCUGUGUGUUUACCUAAGGGUUGAAGGUAAGUGGGACAGUACACGUUUAACUGAGGGGUGCCACAUGUACGGCCGUUUCCACACUACUACAUUUCCAUUUAAAAAUGCAGACAUUUGUCUUCAUUUCUGCCUUUUGCCAACACUAUCCUGA